GGAGCCAGCAGGGCGGGCCCCGCACGCCCGGGCCCGCGCUGCGAGCCUGCGGCGCGCGGCUCUGCAGGGGCUGCCUGCCUGGCCGCUGCCUGCGGGCGUCGCAGGGCGCGCUGGGCGCCCUCCACAGGCUGGGCGAGGGCAGGGUCGCGACAUGGCUGCUGGACCUCAUCUUGGAUGCCAACAUGGGGCUCAGGGACAAGGAAACCGCACGCUAUGCGCUGCUGCUGAUGGCGGCUGCGGCGGUCUCCGCCGCCAACGCCUCCCUGCUCUGGUCCACGCCCGGCGGCCCCGGGCGGCCGGAGGCCGCCUACCUGCUCGCCACGCUGGCGCUUGCCCUCGGGUGCUGCACGACCAGCCUUAGGUCGGGCCUGCCCCCUCUGCAGGAGGAGGAUUCCAACAGAGCCCAACGAAAAUAGAAUGGGG